CUGGAGGCCGGGGCGGGGCCUGUGCUCAUUUCCGUCCGGCGCGCAGCUCCGAUGGAGGCGGCCCGGAGGCCGCGGCCGGGGCUGAGCCGUCGGAGGCCGCCCCCGGCGGGCGGGCCUUCUGGCGACCGCCCCUGGUUUCUCCUGGGGGGUGAUGAACGGGAGCGUCUCUGGGUCGAGCUGCUGCGCACCGUGAGCCCAGAGUUGAGCCUGGAUCAGGAGUUGCCUCCACUGCCCGCCUUCCCUGGACAGGAGCGCAGCUGCAGCCCGGGAGCCACUGAAGUCUUCACUGUGGGACCCAAGACCUUCUCCUGGACGCCCUUUCCGCCAAACCUAUGGGGCCCUGGCCGCUCCUACCGGCUGCUUCGCAGGGCAGGAGGGCACCUGGAGUCCCCCAACAGGUCCACUCCCCAGCACCUGGCACCUGAUCCCUGCAGGGCACCCAGCGUGGAGCCGCAGCCGUCUGUGGAGGGUGCCGCAACCCUGCGCAGCUGCCCUAUGUGCCAGAAGGAGUUCGCCCCCAGGCUGACCCAGCUGGAUGUUGACAGCCACCUGGCCCAGUGCUUGGCCGAAAGCACAGAAGAUGUGAUGUGGUGAGCACCUUCCAGGGAGCCCAGCGCUGUGUCAGAUCCCCUCCCCCACCAGAAGCCCCUCCUCCCAGCUCUCCAGCUUGCACAUUAAAGCAGGGUGCACCUGUCUGUUGUGAUGAAACA